CCCUCUACAGCCAUUAAAACAAUCCAUAUAAAUACCACACCCAACUUCAUUUUGAUUCAGUUAAUUUUUUCUUCUCAAUCUUAAAGCUUUUCACAGUUAUAACAAUGGCGGAUGAAGUGAUUCUCUUGGACGUUUUGGUAAGCGCUGUUGGAAUGAGGGUGAGAAUUGCCUUGAGAGAGAAGGGUAUAGAGUUUGACUGGAGAGCAGAGGACUUAAGCAAUAAGAGCCCCCUGCUACUGAAGAUGAACCCUGUUAAUAAGCUAAUCCCAGUUUUGAUCCAUAAUGGGAAACCAGUUUGUGAGUCACUCAUCAUUGUUCAGUACAUUGAUGAGGUCUGGAAGGACAGGACUCCUCUGUUGCCUUCUGAUCCUUAUGAGCGAGCUCAUGCAAGGUUUUGGGCUGACUAUGUGGAUAAGAAGAUAAUCAGCACUGGAAGGCAGGUGGUGUGCACUGCUGAGGGUGAAACCCAAGAAGCUGCAAAGAAAGAACUCAGGCAAUGGUUCAAGACACUGGAAGGAGAGCUUGGAGACAAGCCUUACUUUGGAGGCAAGACCUUUGGCCUUGUGGACAUAGCUCUUAUCCCCUUCUACAGCUGGUUUCCUUCCUUGGAGACCUAUGGCAACUUGAGCAUGGAGGCAGAGUUCCCUAAAAUUGUGGCAUGGGGUAAGAGAUGCUUGAAAAAGGAGAGUGUGUCACAGACCCUACCUGACCAGCGCAAGAUGCAUGACUUCAUCGUGGGUAUCAGAAAGAAAGUUGGGCUUUAGUAAAGCCCUGGAAGAUGGUGGUUUUGUUCCGUCUGUUUCGAGUUUUUUUUUUGUGUCAGAGCAUAUGUAGCCGACUCCAAUUAGUUUGGAUGAAGGUUUCUUGUUGAGCUUAGUGUUUGAAUUUUUGUCUUUGUUACUAGGGGCGCGAUGUUUGUUACAAUAAUGUUCACAUAGGUUGUGAACUCUUGUUCUAAUAAACAUAUGGUGUCUCUUUGCCUUUUAUCUAAUAUAAUGGAUUGAAAUUUGCAUCUGUUUUAUGUAAUAUAAAUAGGGGUAUUCAAAUUUUCGAUUAUCAACAAAUUUUGAUUCUGCUUUAUCUUUUUUGACCUUACUGAUCGGCUAUUCA